CAACCAGGAAGCAGGCAGCAGGGACUGCUGUGGGGCAUGCCUGGAGGUUCUUCACCAUCUGCUGAGCACCAGCAUAACAAUGGGACAUUGGGACUGUCAACCUGCACUGUGCUGUUACCACCAACCAGACAACUGGCUUUCAUGGUAGAAGAAUGGGCAUAUUUGGGGGAAAUGGCAGCUGUUAAGAAACCAGACAUCCAGGAGUCACACUGGCAAUCCUUCCUCCAGGAAGCCCACCUGGAUCCCAUCAGCCCAUGGCACUCUCUUCUGCCUCUCAAUCCUCGACAGGAGACCCACCUGGGAAGAGUGAGAGCCGCAAGACCCAACCUUACCACGCUAAGAUGACUACGCAGCGCCGGAGCCCACUGUCUGCCCGGCAACCGAUGACGUCACUGUUGGCGCGUCCGUGACGUCAGAGGCGGGCGCCACACUUGAAGAGGCUGAGGGAGGCGGUGGCGCAGCUGCGGCGCUGUCAUGGAGCUAGCGCGGGAAGCCCGGGAACUGAGUUGCUGGGCGGCCGAAGAGAUGGGGGUGCCCGUGGCGGCCCGAGCCCGGGAAUCGACGCUGCGCAGGCUGUGUCUGGGCCAGGGGGCUGACAUCUGGGCCUACAUCUUGCAGCAUGUGCACAGUCAGAGGACUGUCAAGAAGAUCCGGGGAAACCUACUCUGGUAUGGCCACCAGGACAGUCCACAGGUCCGUCGGAAGUUAGAGCUGGAAGCUACUGUGACCCGCCUGCGGGCAGAAAUCCAAGAGCUCGACCAGAGCCUGGAGCUGAUGGAGCGAGACACUGAGGCUCAGGACAUAGCCAUGGAGCAGGCACUUCAGCACACUCAAGACACCCAGCGUCGAGCUCUCCUCCUCCGGGCCCAAGCUGGGGCCCUGCGAAGACAGCAGCAUAGGCUCCGAGAUCCCAUGCAGCGACUGCAGAAUCAACUGAGGCGCCUGCAGGACAUGGAGAGGAAAGCCAAAGUAGAUGUGACCUUUGGAUCCCUCACAUCGGCAGCUCUGGGCCUGGAGCCUGUGGUCCUGCGUGAUGUUCGAACAGCCUGCACUCUCCGGGCCCAGUUCCUGCAGAACCUCCUGCUUCCCCAGGCCAAGAGAGGCAGCCUCUUAACCCCUCAUGAAGACCACUUUGGCGCUUCCUACCAGCAGUGGCUGAGCUCUGCGGAGAUGCUGCUGACAAACCACCCCCCGGGCCACAUCCUGGCUGCCUUGGAGCACCUGGCUGCAGAGCGGGAGGCAGAGAUUCGGUCCCUGUGCAGUGGGGAUGGGCUUGGUGAUACAGAGAUAUCCAGACCCCAGGCCCCGGACCAGUCAGACUCCAGCCAGACCCUGCCGUCCAUGGUUCAUCUCAUCCAGGAGGGCUGGCGGACUGUGGGUGUGCUGGUCUCCCAGCGGAGUGCCCUCCUGAAGGAGCGGCAAGUCCUGACCCAGCGCCUCCAGGACCUGAUGGAAGAGGUGGAGAGACGCGUCCUGGGAUCCAGUGAGAGGCAGGUGCUGAUACUGGGGCUUCGGGGCUGUGGCCUGUGGGCGGAGCUCAAGGCCCUGCGUGCUCAGAGCCAGGAGCUGGAGGAUGCAGCCGGGCAUCGGCAGCUCCUGCUGAGGGAGCUACAGGCCAAACAGCAGCGGAUCCUGCACUGGCGCCAGCUGGUGGAGGAGACCCAGGAACAGAUCCGCCUGCUCAUCAAGGGAAACUCAGCCAGCAAGACCCGCCUGUGCCGGAGCCCGGGGGAGGUGGUAGCUCUGGUCCAGCGAAAGGUGGUCCCUACAUCUGAGGCAGUGGCACCACAGAGCCAGGAGCUGCUGCGCUGUUUGGAAGAGAAAGUCCGGCAUUUGCCUCACAUUCUGUUGGGCACGCUGCUGCGGCACAGCCCUGGAGAGUUGAAGCCUCUGCCCACAGUCCUCCCGUCCAUCCACCACCUGCACCCCGCAUCCCCAAGGGGCUCCAGCUUCAUAGCACUGAGCCACAAGCUGGGGCUGCCCCCAGGGAAGGCCUCAGAGCUGCUCCUGCCGGCAGCUGCCUCUCUUCGCCAGGACCUUCUGUUCCUGCAGGACCAGCAGAGCCUCUGGUGCUGGGAUCUACUCCACAUGAAGAGCAGCCUGCCGCCAGGCCCUCCCACCCAGGAGCUGCUGCAGAUCCAGGCAUCCCAGGAAAAACAGCAGAAAGAGAACCUGGGGCAGGCUCUGAAGAGGCUGGAGAAGCUGCUGAAACAGGCGCUGGAGAGAAUCCCUGAGCUGCAGGGGAUCGUGGGGGACUGGUGGGAGCAGCCAGGCCAGGCUGCCCUCUCUGAGGAGCUCUGCCAGGGCCUGUCCCUGCCCCAGUGGCGGCUGCGCUGGGUUCAGGCCCAGGGGGCCCUGCAGAAGCUGUGCAGCUGAAGAGUGUUCAAACAGAAGCUGAGAACUUGACACUGUUCACCCCAACACCUCACCUCCCCCAGGACAUUUGGAAGAAAGUGGCGCCAGGAUUCCUCGGCCAUCGUCCCCACCCGCACCUGCAAUCCCCUCACGUGCUGUUCUGCUGCCCCGCUCAGCUCCCUGGCCCCUGUCCUUUCAUCACUUUCAUUCUUAGCAAAAAGUAAUUGAGCACCUCCUCUAGGCGCUGGGGAGUCCACACUGAACAAAAGAGCCAGAAGGCCCUGUCUUCCAGCAGUGGAGUUCUAGGGCAGGGAGACAGAGUUUACAAGAUAAGGAAAAUAUAUAUGUAGUAUGCUGCAGGUUAACUGCUGUAUGGAAAAUCCAGCAGGGGGUGGGAGGUGUGAUUUGAAUUGAGGGCCACACUGCCCAGGCCGCACUCCAUCAAGGGGUGAGCAGGAGCGACAGGAUGGCUGAGGAGGAGCUUGCAGCUCAAGGCAACAGCACAUGCAAAGGCCCUGAGCCAGGAUGUGCUGGAAUAAGGGCCGUUGAGGGAGACAGUAUAGGUUGGGGAUAAGGAAUGUAUUAAAAGAUGAGAAUGACUUCUAGUUUGUAUAGUUUCUUUUUUUACAUGUAAAUCAGCCAUUUGGAAUUUAUCCUACCACAUGGAUCCAAUUUUGUCUUAUUUUACAUAUAUCCUAGUAGCACUUACUGAAAUUCCUAGUCAGAGUGGCAGUUGCCUCUGAGGGAAGGUGGGCGGCUGGGAUCAACUGAGGAGGAGACACAGAAAUGUCCUAGCUGAUGGGAAUGUGCUGUGUUGAGAGCAGUGGAGGUGAUGCAGGUAUAGAGAUUUGUCAGAGCUCAUUUAGCUGUAGUCUUAAGGCCUGUGCAUUUUACUGCAUGGGUUACUCAAUUUAUGAAGCAAAGCCUUAUGCUUUUGAGAUGCCACCUUUUUAUGUGCUAAAUUUCCAUGUUUAAUUGGGUUAUAUCUGGCUUCUCUCCAGAACUGCUUUGUAUCUAACCCUCCAUGUGCCAUUCCCACAGUAGCUUAAUAGAAAGGUUUGUGACACAUUGUCA